AUGACUGAAGAAUCUAACUUACGAGCGGAUCUCCAUAUCUUGAAAGAUAUGUAUCCUGAACUGAAGCUGAAUGUGGAUCAUGAAUCUCUCAUAAAUAAUGCUUCUGGUGAGAUAGUGGGUGAGCUACCGUUCGAUAUACUAAUGCCACAAAAGGACUUGAUGGUAGAGUACAAUAGCAGAACUCUCUCUCUAUCAAAGCUGCCUGGUAAUCUGCUGGAGUUCCGUAUUGAUGCGGAUGGCUAUCCAGAUUUCCAAAAUAGCAUUCAACUGAAUAUUAGAUCAUCCUGGAUGUCACAUUCUGACAAGAAGAAAAUAUAUGAAGAAUUGCAUACUGAAUUCGAUAGUUUGACUGAUCCAACUUCGGACGAUUAUGAUUCUUAUACUCCGGUACUCAUGCUAAUAUUUGGUUUUUUGCUUGACGACCUUGCCAAAUUACUGUUCCCAGAGUUUAAAAGGGUUUGUGAAUCUAAUGAGGAGUAUUCUCUGUUUGAAAAUAUUCUUUCAGUUCUUAACAAAGAAAUCAUGAAUAGAAAGAACUAUAAUUGCUGUAUCUGUAUGGAAGUUAAAAAGGGUAAAGAAAUGAUUGAACUACCAUGCGGUGCUCACCAUUACCUCUGUACGGGUUGUGUUCACUCAUAUUACUCGACAAUGAUCAACGAAGGUCGUAUUUCAAAUGUUAGAUGCCCUGAGUGCAAAAUGAAUGAAAUUGACCUUGAUAAAUUCGAAGAUUAUCAAUCGAUGAAAGCAGCCCUUUUUACGCCUGAUAUACCGUUCGAAUUCUUUGAAGACUAUCUAAGUAAAGAGGACUGUUUAAAAUACAAGCGACUGUUUUACAAGCAAGUGGCCACAAAAUUAUCAAAACACUCACCUUAUGCUUGCGUGACUUGUAGAAGGUGCGACAACUGGUGUGUAAAAGAAGAUUUAGACGAUCCAAUGAUUGAGUGCAAAAACUGUGACUUUAUAUUCUGUUUUGAUUGUCUUCAUUCAUGGCACGGUUACAGCAACAAAUGUGGUAGUAAAGUGACCAUUCCUGUAGAGCUAUUGGAGGAGUACAUUGAAGAUACAAAUGAUCCAAAUAGUGACGGGGGAAAGAGGAAACUACUGGAGACAAGAUUUGGGAAAAGAGCUCUUGAAUUGGAGGUAAACGAAUAUAUGGCUGAAAAGUUGUUAGAUAUGGCUAUUGCGGAAGAUGGCAGCGAGUUACAGCGUUGUCCAAAAUGUAGAUGUGUUGUUCAAAGAAGUGAAGGUUGUAAUAGAAUGAAAUGUGGUGUAUGCGGGACGUUAUUCUGCUACCUGUGUGGUGUAUCUUUGUUUGUGGAUGAUUGUUACAAACAUUUCAGAGAUCCACGAUGUAGUUGCUAUGGCAGAUUAUUCGAAGGUAUGCCAGGUGCUGACUAA